UCAAGCGAGCGAUGAUUCGUGGGGCACAACUAUACGCCAUCAGAUGGAUCGCAUCCACGGCUGUCAGCGCACCGGCCGACAUCGACAAACUCUGCGCGGCAGUCCCCGACGACUUGGCGACAUUGAUCCGCAAGCAUGCCGACAUCUUUCCGGACGACCUACCGCCAGGAUUGCCACCCGAGCGAGACCACGACCAUAAAAUCCAAUUGGAGCCCGGCGCGCAACCGACGGUUCGGACACAGUGGAGGCUGACUCAGCCAGAGCUGGAUGAACUUCGACGCCAGCUGGAUUACCUGCUCGAGAAAGGUUUCGUUCGCCCCAGUACUUCACCGUUCGCAGCUCCGAUACUGUUCACCCCGAAGAAAGAUGGCGGUCUACGAAUGUGCAUUGACUACCGCGCCUUGAACCGGGUUACCAUCAAGUCUUGCUAUCCUAUUCCGCGUGCCGACGAACUCAUCGACCAACUUCGUGGGGCAAAGUUCUUUUCAAAAAUUGACCUGCGAGGCGGUUACCACCAGAUCCGUGUCAACGAAGCUUACUGCUACAAGACGGCGUUCCGAACCCGAUACGGGAGUUACGAGUACACGGUCAUGCCUUUUGGCUUAACCAACGCGCCUUCAACAUUCCAGUUAACCUUGAACGAAUUUUUUCGGCCGCUGCUGGAUAAAUGCGUCAUUGUGUACCUCGACGACAUCCUGAUAUACAGCACUACCCGGGAAGCACAUUUGAAGGAUUUGGAAGCAGUCUUCUCUCUCCUGCAGCAGCAUCGACUCAUCACCAAGGGUUCUAAGUGCGAGUUUCUGAAACAAGAACAGGAGUUUUUGGGACACGUUAUUUCCAUCGACAGUGUUAAAAUCGACCCGAAAAAAAUCGCGACCAUACAAGACUGGAAGCCGCCGGCUAAUCUCCGCGAACUUCAAAGUUUCAUGGGGUUUGUGAAUUACAUUCGCCGGUUCAUCCCGAACAUGGCGGGGGUAAUUUCCCCUCUCACGGAUCUUCUGAAGAAAGGCACGUUUUAUGAGUGGGGGGGAGAGCAGCAGGCUGCGUUCGACCAACUCAAACUUUUCCUGACAACACCUCCGGUUCUUCGCAUUGCAGAUCCUCACCGUCCGUUCGAACUCAUCACCGAUGCUAGCGACCUGGCUGUUGGCGCAGUACUGUUACAGGACUUCGGCGAAGGACUCCAACCCAUCGCCUACGAGUCACGAAAGUUGAAUCCGGCCGAGCGAAAUUAUCCCGUCCACGACAAGGAGUUACUCGCCAUCGUUCACGCGUUCAAGGUUUGGCGCUGCUACCUGACGGGCGCUGAUGUGACAGUCCGAACAGACCACAAAUCGCUACAGUUCAUCCGCGCCCAACCGACACUCAACCCCCGACAGAUUUGCUGGCUCGAUUAUCUCGAGUCGAAUUUCCACUACAGAGUCACCUACAAACGAGGGGCCAGCAACAUCGCCGACGCACUGACCCACCCUUCAGUCCGUACCGCCGCUGUCCUAAUCACCCAAACCAAUUCGCUGCUAACUGGACUAUUUACCCACGGAUACAGUACCGACCCAUUCUUCACGACUAACAGUCAUCCCCAACUGACAGUUAAGCAGGGGGCUUAUUACCUAAAAUCCGGUACCAAUCGGAUUUGGGUUCCCGCUUACCGUACCCUACGCGAGCUACUGAUACAGGAGGCACACGACUCGAAUUUCUCGGGUCACUACGGCAUCGACAAAACUGCCAAACUACUGAGCUGUAAUUAUUACUGGCCCGAUUUGCCGACGGACGUACAGCAGUACGUCACCUCCUGCGCCACGUGUCAACGCAUGAAGUCGUCACGACUUCGACCUGCGGGAUUACUGCAGCCGCUCGAGCCACCCAGCCGACCCUGGCAACAAGUGACGAUGGAUUUCGUCACUGGCCUGCCAGCUGGCCCAAGCGGUAAUGACGGGAUUCUCGUCGUCGUUGACCGUUUGACCAAAAUGGCACACUUCGCCGCCUGCAAGACGACAAUCACUGCCGAGCGGACAGCGAAGCUAUUUCUCACGAACAUCGUGCGGCUACACGGCAUCCCUUCGGCAAUCAUCAGCAAUCGCGACCCUCGGUUCACGUCCAAUUUCUGGACAAAAACCUGGCAGCAGUACGGCACACGUUUGCAUCUGUCCACGGCAUACCACCCGCAAUCGGCGGCCAGAGUGAGCGCACCAAUCAGACGAUGGAGCAGCUGAUUCGUACAACGUGCACAGACCC